AUGAUAUUCGCUACCAAUAAUCUAUUCGUGCUGAUAUUUGCCACACUAAUUCCGAAAUAUUCCGCCGGCGACCCGAUCGAGCAGUUCAUCCGCGGACUCGCCCUGCAGGCCCGCCAAUUCGGCGAAAAGGCAUGUUUUCAAUUCAUCUCACAAGUCCCACUACCGUCGAUCAACAAUGGAGGCUACCCGGGAAAUUCGUUGUACAAUUUGGACCCGAAGACGGCCGGCGCCAUCGGAUCACUCUCUGAGUUUCUCAACACCUGCCCAUCCCCCCAAUUCGCGGACCUCUCCGGCUCGUGGGCGUUGAUUUUUGCGAGUCGUCAACUCCUGCAAACACUUUUCCAGGAUGUUAAUGAUGCAAUCAACCGAUUGAUGAUCGGCCAGGCGGUGCCGAUGCGAAAAACACUCGGCACAUUGUUUCGCCCCGAGGCCGAUAUCCAGUGUGCGACGGUCCUCAUGUCCAACGCGGGCGCCUUCGAGCUGGCCUACCAGGUGGACGGCGUGCCCAAGUCGAUAAUCGGCCAGAUCGGAGUCGAACCCGACCAAACGAUCCGCUGGCAAUUCGCGCCUACGGUAGAUGCACAAUUUUCGGUGAUUUUCGCAUCGCAAGUGGCCGAGCCUUCCAAUCGUGACGUCGUCAUUCUCGGACAGGUAGACACGUUUCCGAAAUGCGGGAAUGUAAUGGUGCUUGCCAGGACGAGGGCCCUCUACCCGAGUAUUAUUAGCCGAUUAUCACAGGGCGGCUACGACACACCCGCCAACCCGACACUACCUAUAAAUUGCCCAAUGGCUGCCAAUCCCAUUCCAUUCCCUCCAAAUCCACCGAGCCCAAUUAUCAGGCCAAUUUCGCAAUUCAUGCCGUUU